AUGACCGAGCUGGCCGUCCUUUUUGGACAGUUCAUCACCCACGACGUGAGCCAGAUACCAAGGUCGGGGACACCCACUGCCGUCAAUGACAUCGGGAAGCCGUUCCAGUCGUACCUGGGUCCCGGAGCCGCGCUCAGCUGUUGCAACUACCCGCAGCGGGCUUCCCCCCAGUGCAUCCCUAUCGCUAUUGAGGACGACGAUCCUUUCUACGGAAACACCAGCCUGCGCUGCAUUAACCUUGUUCGAGCGACUCCGUGCUUCGAAUGCAAACUUGGUUACAGAUUGCAAAGAGACGACAGGACGUCAUACCUGGACGCAUCGGCUGUUUAUGGUGCCAAAAAGGAAGAGACCGACAUCCUUCGCUCAUUUCAAAAAGGACUUCUGCGCUCCCGUAUGGUGAAUGGAGAAGAACUUCUACCACCCAGUUCAAAUCCAGAAAGAGACGGGUGCAGUGACCCAAGCAAAGAUAAAAUUUGCUUCACAUCGGGUGACGGUCGAGUUAAUCAGUCACCCGGACUGACUGUGAUACAGACCCUAUUUAUGCGGCAACACAACCGAAUCGCAAAGAUGUUACGGUCCGUAAACGAAAACUGGAACGACGAAAGGCUCUUUCAAGUUGCAAAGCGCAUCGUGGAGUCUCAAUUCCAACACGUGGUAUAUGGAGAGUGGCUACCAACUUUCGCGGGUCGCGACGCUGUCGAAAAGUACGACCUGAUGCCAUUGCAGACGGGAUUCACCACGUACAACAGCAGCGUGGACGCCACCAUAAUCGACGAGUUUCCCGGAGCGGCAUUCAGAAUGGGACACUCUCUCGUCAGCGGAACGUUCCUUCGAGUAAACGCUGAUGGCCACGAACAGGUCGGUCUGCUAAGAGACUGGUACUUUCAACCAUUCGGCUUGUACCAGAACGAGUUGGACGACAUCAUGCGUGGUAUGCUGUUGACCCCAAUGGAUUCAUUUGACAGGUUUGCAAGCCCCGACAUCAAUCAGUACUUGUUCAUAAAACCGCCAAACAAGUUCGGCCUUGACUUAAUUUCCGUCGACGUCCAGCGGGGACGGGACCUUGGCGUUAGAGGCUACCCAGACUACGUCGAGUUCUGCUCAGGAGUCAAGAUAAACACCUUUGACGAUCUCUACUUGAAGAACCUGAUGCCCAAAGACACGGCGGAGAUAUUCCAGAAUAUCUACAAAAACGUCAGUGACAUUGAUUUGUUUUCCGGGGCCAUUGCGGAGUAUGUCGUCGAAGGAACCGUCGCUAGUGCCACGGUGCACUGCAUCACGAAUAAAAUGUUCCAGAGACUGAAGUGGGGUGAUCGGUUCUUCUACGAACAUGCCGACCAGGCAGGAUCGUUCACGCAAGCUCAACUGGACUCCCUGAGAAACACGACGUACGCCGGCAUCAUCUGCGCAAACAGCAGAAGUAUCACCGCCGUCCAGAGAAACCCAUUCAUUCCGGAGGGCCCAGGGGGAAACAGAGGGCACCACACCCACGACGCGGACUGUUUGCAGAACAGAGGUCAAGAAAAAUGUGACGGGGCCGCUGGUGCACUUCAGGUGAAAUUGUGGAAGGAGGAAAUAAUGAAAGGGUGA